AUUGUAAUUUGACAUUGACGUUUCUCUAAUCGGCGGGAAAUCGCAAUUUGUUGUUUACUAAAUUUAUUAAGGUACAUCAUUAUUAAAAUUGGAAAAAAUGCGUGAACUAAAGAAAGAAAAUUAUAGUGCUGUACAAACAAAACUCGUCCGCAAAUACUUAAAACUAAAAAUUAUAGAAGACAACGUUUCAUUUCAAAGGCAUAAUCAAGAAAGAAAUCAUGUUUACGAUUUAAUGAAAAGGACUGUUGUGUAUGGUGAAUCUCAUUCUGCUUUAUUGAUAGGGCCUAGGGGUUGCGGAAAAACUACGCUAUUGAACUCUGUGCUUCAUCAGUUAAGCAAAGAAGUGGACCUGACCAAUGAUGCCAUAAUCGUUAAGCUGGAUGGACUGAUUCAUUAUGAUGACAAGAUUGCUCUUAAGUCCAUCACUGCGCAGAUGCAACUAGAAAAUGCUGUAGGAGACAGGGUGUUUGGUACAUUUGCAGAAAACUUAUCAUUCCUGUUGAGCUGCCUUCAAAGCGGCAGUGAUCGCCGCUGUCGUAGUAUGGUAUUUUUAUUGGAACAGUUGGAUUUGUUCUGCCACAGUGGUAUCACUCAGACACUUUUGUACAACUUGUUUGAUGUGACACAUUCAAAAUCAGCUCCUAUGUGUGUUAUUGGUAUAACAAACCGCCUUGAUGUAAUGGAUCUAUUUGAAAAGAGAGUUAAAUCGCGCUUUUCACAUCGCCACAUAUUCAUGUUUCCAAACGAAACUUCUGAAAACGACACACCAUCCUCUCCUGUGGACACAUGCAAAUGUGUACUACAACAGCUGCUGACCAUGUCUACAGGUGUUAAUAAAAUAAGCAAUUCUCCUAAGAAAAGGAAAAAGGGCUCUAGAAAAUCUAUAGUAAACACUGAAGAACAAUCUCAAUCAGACACAGAUACAGAAUCUCAUUCCCUACCUGAAGAAGUAUUACAUAGAUGUCAGAUAGAUAGCCAAGAGUUUGCAGAGUUGGACCCAGCGUUUGUGGAAGAUUGGAAUACACAUAUACAAAUGUUGGUGCAAGAUGAGAAGGUGAUUGAUGUUCUAGAAAAACUCUGCUAUUAUACAGUCAAUGAGCAGAUAUUUAGAAAUAUAUUGUUUCAAUUAGUUUGCAAGUUAUCUAUCAAAAAGCCAUACAUAGAUGCUGCUGACCUUAUAUCUAUCAUAGACAACACAGUAGCUCCUGAGCAGAGGGUGAAGUUAUUACAGUCAUUGUCUAUACUAGAGUUAUCUCUGGUCAUCGCUAUGAAGCAUGGAAUGGAUAUAUUCGACGGUCAGCCGAUGAACUUUGAAAUGAUUUUGCAUAGGUAUACAAAAUUCGCCAACAUCCACUCAUCUACUCAAUCCGUACCUCGACCUGUUAUUUUGAAAGCGUUUGAGCAUCUCCAAGCUCUAGAGAUCAUAAUGCCAGUGAGGACCACAGACUCCUUAUACGCGACGGGAGACACUACCACCAGUAGGGUCCAAAAAGAAUAUAAACUGUUCACUUUAGCUGUUCCAGUAGAAGAUAUAGAUGAAGCUGUUAAAGGUUUCAAGGCUUUGCCCACUGAGAUUAGUCAUUGGUACCAUAAUUCUGUUAUUUAAUUUUAUUGAUUGCAAAUGUUUUUUUAUAGAAUUGUUUUUGAAAUUUAUUCUUGGCAACUCUGCCUAUUUUAAUAAAUGAUAAC